AUAUUGGUAUUAUGCGGCAGUCCGCAGAAUCUCGCACGCCGCUGGGGCAAAAAUGACCCAUCGUCGUUUCCGGCGGCGGGGGCGGACAACUUUCACGACGACGGAGGUGCCGCGGGAUCCGGGGGCGGGAUUGAAUGGCACGUGCGACGUCACAGCGUCAAAGCGGAGAGGGAUUGCAGUGACAUGUGAAUUCGACAACAUGAUCGGCUCCCCUCGGCUGGUGCGGAGCACGGACGAAGGGCGGAGCCCCGCCCAGCAUUUAAGAGCCUGACCCUCCCGAGUCAGGCUGCCUCACAAACCCACCCAUCCUCUCCUCUCAUCAUGGUUGCAGGCGUACAGAUCCUUUCUAACGCUGCGUCCGACGCUCAGCGCGAGAUCCUCACCGAGGACGCGCUCAAGUUCCUCUCUGCCCUCCACCGUACCUUCGAGAGCACCCGCCAGAACCUCUUGCGCGCUCGCGAGGACCGCCAGCGUAAGUGGGAUGCUGGCGCGCCGCUCGACUUCCCUCCCGAGACCGCGCACAUCCGUGCUGAGCCAUCGUGGCACUGCGCGCCACCCGCGCCUGGACUUGAGGAUCGCCGUACGGAGAUUACUGGUCCCACUGACCGCAAGAUGGUCAUCAACGCCCUCAACAGCGGGGCUAAGACCUUCAUGGCCGACUUCGAGGAUUCGAACGCACCGACGUUCGCCAACAUGGUGAACGGCCAGCUCAACCUGCGCGACGCCAUCCGCCGCCAGAUCGACUUCGACUCGAAUGGCAAGGCGUACAAGCUGAGCCAGAACCCGGCCGUCCUCAUCGUCCGACCCCGUGGCUGGCACCUUGACGAGCCCCGCGUGACUGUCGAUGGAGCGCCUGUUUCCGGUUCCAUCUUCGACUUCGCCCUGUACUUCUUCCACAAUGCCAAGGAGCUUGUUCAGCGGGGCACGGGACCGUACUUCUACUUGCCGAAGAUGGAGCACUAUCUGGAGGCGCGCCUAUGGAACGACAUCUUCAACUUCUCGCAGUCGUACGUUGGCUUGCCGCACGGCACCGUCCGCGCCACGGUCCUCAUAGAAACUAUUCCGGCCGCCUUCCACAUGGAAGAGAUCCUCUUCGAGUUGAGGCAGCAUUCAUCUGGUCUCAACUGUGGACGCUGGGACUACAUCUUCAGCUUCAUCAAGAAGCGGAGAGCAGAUGCCAGCGCUGUCCUUCCCAACCGCUCCGAUGUGACCAUGACGGUUCCCUUCAUGGACGCCUACGUGCGUCUGCUCAUCCAGACCUGCCACAAGCGCAAAGUUGCUGCUAUGGGUGGAAUGGCUGCUCAGAUCCCCAUCAAGGACGACCCGAAGGCGAACGACGAGGCGAUGGCGAAGGUCAAGGCGGACAAAUUGCGCGAAGUACUUGCAGGACACGACGGUACUUGGAUUGCCCACCCGCUCAUCAACAAGAUCGCCCGGGAGGCCUUCGACUCUCACAUGCUGGGCCCGAAUCAGUACCACGUCUUGCGCGAGGACGUCAAGGUCACCGCCAGCAACUUGCUCGACACCAAGGUGCCAGGCAAGAUCACCGACGCCGGCGUCCGCUCCAACGUCGCCACCUGCCUUGCCUACACCGCGUCCUGGAUCGGCGGCAACGGCUGCAUCCCGCUCAACUACCUCAUGGAGGACGCUGCCACAGCGGAGAUCACGCGCAUUCAGCUCUGGCAGUGGGUGCACUACUCCUCGCGCCUCGACACCGGCGAGAUCGUCACCGCGCCGUACGUCGAGCAGCUCAUCGACGAGAUCGCGCCGACGGUGAGCAAGAUCGCGCCCGCGGUGAAGGAGAAGGAGUUGCAGGUCACCGUCCAGUACUUGAAGUCGCAGAUCAAGGCCACCUGGCCGAGCGAGUUCUUGACCUCGGACUUGAUGCCGUAUCUGGCGGCGGCGGACGGUGUGGAUGCGAAGUUCUUGAAGGCAGCGCUAUAGGUGCAAAAUCAUUCCGAGCACGGUAGUUCUCAAUCAUGUAUUUUUAUCUGGCUAGAGCAAUGGAUAGCGUCAUGGACAUCAGA